AUGGCCUCGGAAGAAUCAAACAGGAAGGUUUCCUCCAUCUUCAUCAACCUGUCACGUCCUAACCAAACCAACGUCAAGCAGCAGAGUGAAAACAAAAAAGGUUGGGUUCAUGCGGGGCCGUCCCCGAGGCCUUUAGGGUCUGAGAACCAUCAACCUGCUGGCCCCUCACACAGGACUUCAGGGUCGGAGGUCCCCGCAUCUCUCUAUUGGGGACACAGCACAGUAAAUGUGCAAGAAAACAGAAGAGAUGCUGCAGAUCAAACAGAUGUCUUCUCCAAUGUUUCUCCCUCUCCUUCUCCCCCUCUUCCUCCUCCUGCUCCUCCUGCUGAGAUGCCGUCAUACUCUGCAGAUCCAACAACACCACCACCGCCACCUCCCCCUGUAGAAAAACGUGUGCCACAACCUCCGACCUCUCACCAGCUGCCACAUUCCAACAAAGAGGGAAAAACUGCACCGUCUCGUGGACCGACUCCAAAAAAAACAUCAAACGAGAUCAAGAAAGAUAACUCCAGUGAGAAGUCUCGAGGCGUGUGUGCUUUCUGUCGGAAGCCUAUACUGUUUUCUGAAGUGUGGUUAAACGCCUUAGAUCGGUGUUACCAUAAAGGCUGCUUCAGGUGCGGGUCUUGUCUGUGUCCUCUGGCGGGGAAAACCUUCUACCAGAAAGCGGAAAUCCCUGAAUGUGAGAAGUGCAACGAGGCCAGUCUUGAAGUUUGCUUCUCUUGUGGCCACAGGAUCCGAGCCCGAAUAAUUCGUGCACUCCAGCGAACGUACCAUGUUUCUUGUUUCAUCUGCGUGACGUGUAAACAGCCGCUGAAAGAAUAUAUACAGGAUGAUAAUGGAAAAGUGUAUUGUCCCCUGGACUACAACAGGAUGCAUGCCAAGACGUGCGGUGCUUGUCACAAGCUAAUCAUAUCCAGUGAUGGAAGUAUUCCAACAUACGUUCAACUUUCUGGACGUGCCCUCCAUAAUGAAUGCUACAAAUGUGAGGACUGUGACUUUCAGUUCUCUCCUGAAAGCAGCUACUAUCCUUUGAAUGGACGAAUACUUUGCCUCAAUUGUAAUAAAAGGAACCAGAACUGCUCAAAUUAAUGCAAUAAGGAUUGAGAAUUAAUUUGUUUUGUGCACUUAAUGUAGAAUCAUACUUUGCUGAACUUGUAUGUCGCUGAGAUACACAUAGGAGAUAACUCUCAAUUUGACUUCACAUUAAAAAGUUGUCAUUAGAUAGUGAGAUUAAUGCUUUAUCAUGACAGAAAACAAUCCAA